UUGAAGAUCCACAACUAAAAAUCUAAAACCUCUGCUGGAACGAAACUUCCCGUCUCUAAAUUCUAAUAAUUAAGAUCUCAACUCCUGUUAUUUUCUCUUACAUUCCCCUCCCCAGAAACCAAACUAAAAGGAAUUAUUGUGUAAAACCGAGAUCUGGAAUAUGGGUUUCUUGGUAACAACCCUAAUUUUUGUUGUGAUUGGGAUAAUUGCAUCUCUUUGUACGAGAAUCUGUUGUAACCGAGGACCCUCUGCUAAUCUGCUCCAUCUAACAUUGGUCAUUACAGCAACUGUCUGUUGUUGGAUGAUGUGGGCAAUUGUAUACCUUGCACAGAUGAAACCACUCAUUGUCCCCAUUUUAAGUGAAGGGGAAUGAAGUUCUUCCAGAAGAUAAACUAACAGUCAGAUUGCGGAUCGACAUCUGAAUUUAGUUAUCAAGAAUUACUUGUGUCUUCUGGUGUUGGUUCUGUAUGCAAGCCGAAUUCGAGCUUGAACUUGGCACUUGAUGUUAUCAGUUUUCUCAUUUGUUAACACUCAUAUUGUUAUCUUUUAUUCAAUUUUCAUAAAAAGAAUGUGUUGUUUUAUCA